AUGCCGUUCGUGAUGUCCUAUCUCCUUGCAGGGCCCAUCCGCUUGGGCACUGCCAAAUCCGAAACCCAGAGUACGAAGACGUCGCAUUCUCUUCGAUUUGCUGGCAUCCCGCUAGUAGUAUCAUGUGCAUAUGUAUCUGUUGCUCUACUAGUACAUGGUAUAUACGAGAAGGUACGCCAGGGCCGUGUGAAUGGAAAUGCUGGACCUACGGAUGGCUUUCAGUCGAAUCGCUCGAGUCUUUACGACGGGAUGAGAACCGCGAUAUGGAUGAUCCUGCCCCUUUAUGCUUCUUUCAUGAUCGGAUUUGAUGUCGUAAUUGCUGUGUUACUAUUGAACAUUUUCACGGAUUCGAGGACUGGCUCUAGUGGGAAUACGCUGACUAGAACAAUACGGAUUCUUAAACGCAGGAAGGUAUCAGCAUUGUUUAUUGUCGCCAUGGCUGUCUUGGAUAUGGCCUAUAUAUCCUCUGCCCAACCUCUAGAGGUAUUCAAAGGGUACAUGGCCAUUGCUGCUACUAUAACGCUUCCGUCCCCCGGUUCUCUCUUGACGCUCACUGAUACCGCUGUGGAUGAAAAGUUCGCUUCAAGGAAGGAUAAUAUUGACGAUACAGCUACUGUGAACCUCGUUAUCGGCACAGUGCUUGGGGCGUUGAUCUUAUUUGUUGUCUUGUUCUCGGGUGGUUUCAGUGCAGUAUCUCUAUCAUUCCUUCCUAUCUUUGUUGUUGGGUUAUUCACAGCAACAUCCCAAUUGAUAUACGGCAUUGAUGCUACUGGCAGGCCGAGUCUGCCUACCAUUGCGUCGGGCGCCAUUAUUGCCAUCAUAGCUACGUUUGUAACAUCUCAAACACACAUUAUACCCUUACAAGCUACUAGAUUUGGGCUCGCUUGUCUCGCAUCCUUCGCCGACUGCAAGAUGGUACAUAACGACAAUCACUCGCAGGAAAAGAUGGAAAAGAAACCCUCUCGAAUGACUAUAUGGCUUUUAGGGGCGUGCGAACAGUGGCCUUUUAUACACGCUAUCCUGAAGGAAAGGGAUUCACGCCGUAUUUUCUAUUUUAUGAAGUGA